CCUGUGGGGAGCAGUCCCCCUGCACCCCGGAGCAAGGAGGACGCAGGGGGUGGAGGUGGCUGCAGGGCCAGCAGGGGAGGCACCUGUGGAGGGUGGAGGGCUGGUGGGCCAGGGGCAGUCAGGACGGGAGGCCAGCUGGUGACCAGAGAGCCACAGGCGUCCGGGGCGUGUGUGAGGGCCCGGAAGAUCUCAGCCAUGCCUCACAGCUCUGACAGCAGCGACUCCAGCUUCAGCCGCUCGCCUCCCCCUGGCAAGCAGGACUCUUCUGACGAUGUAAGAAAAGUUCAGAGAAGGGAGAAGAAUCGCAUUGCAGCCCAGAAGAGCCGGCAGAGGCAGACGCAGAAAGCCGACACCCUGCACUUGGAGAGUGAAGACCUGGAGAAGCAGAACGCAGCUCUGCGCAAGGAGAUCAAGCAGCUCACAGAGGAGUUGAAGUACUUCACGUCGGUACUGAGCAGCCAUGAACCCCUGUGCUCAGUGCUGGCCACCAGCACACCCUCGCCCCCCGAGGUGGUCUACAGUGCCCAUGCCUUCCACCAGCCUCACGUCAGCUCCCCGCGCUUCCAACCCUGAGCUGCCUUCCGGACCAGGGGAGAGCAGAGCCCCCAACCCCCGAUGCUCCAGCAGGUCUCAGGAGGGGCACACGGACUGCGGGCAGGCUGCCCUCAUCCCUCAAGCCCAGAUGGGGACUGAACACAAGGACUGUAGUGGACAGAGGGGUGUGAGGCCUCCCAGCAAGUGGCAACCAGUCAGUAUGCACUGGACCUCCAAGUGGGCAGAGGCUCAAGGAGUCAGUGAGAAACAGGAUGCCCGAGUCCCAGGCACACAGGGAGGAGGGCAGGAAAGAAUGAGUUUUCUAAAUAAAUGUAUUAAAAGAAACCAGUUUGACAAGGCAGUGU